UGCCUUGUCUAGUAGCCCGACAUACUCAGAGCUUCCGUUCCUUAGAAUUUCCCCACACCGAAAUCCUGCUGCAGCAUCGGAGUCUCCCUUCAGCACCCCUCACCCGUACAUUAACCCCUACAUGGACUACAUCAGGUCCCUGCACAGCAGCCCAUCCCUCUCCAUGAUCUCGGCAGCCCGCGGACUCAGCCCAACAGAUGCUCCACAUGCUGGCAUCAGUCCAGCUGAAUAUUAUCAUCAGAUGGCUCUGUUGGCAGGCCAGCGCAGCCCGUACGCAGACAUCAUUCCUUCAGCUGCCACUGCAGGAGCCGGCGCUCUUCAUAUGGAAUAUCUUCACACCAUGGAUAGCGCCAGGUUUCCGAGUCCAAGAUUGUCAGCUAGACCAAGCCGAAAGCGUACAUUGUCCAUAUCCCCCCUAUCUGAUCACAGCUUUGACCUUCAAACCAUGAUACGGACAUCUCCAAAUUCCUUGGUCACAAUUCUCAAUAAUUCUCGUAGCAGUUCCUCAGCCAGUGGUUCUUAUGGCCACUUAUCUGCAAGUGCAAUAAGCCCUGCUCUGAGUUUCACAUACCCUCCCACGCCGGUAUCCCUCCAGCAAAUGCAUCAGCAAAUUUUAAGUCGUCAGCAAACCCUAGGCUCAGCCUUUGGACACAGCCCUCCACUCAUCCAUCCUGCUCCAACUUUUCCUACCCAGAGACCUAUCCCCGGCAUCCCCAGUGUCCUGAACCCUGUCCAGGUCAGCUCUGGACCUUCUGAGUCCACACAGCAGAAUAAACCCACAAGCGAAUCCGCAGUGAGCAGCACCGGAGAUCCCAUGCACAACAAGCGCUCCAAGAUAAAGCCCGACGAGGAGCUCCCCAGCCCUGGAGCAGGAAGCGUGCAGGAACAGCCAGAAGGAAUGACCCUGGUAAAAGAGGAAGGGGACAAAGAUGAAAGCAAACAGGAGCCUGAAGUGGUCUACGAGACAAACUGCCACUGGGAAGGCUGUUCCCGGGAGUUUGACACGCAGGAGCAGCUAGUGCAUCAUAUAAACAAUGACCAUAUACAUGGUGAGAAGAAAGAGUUUGUAUGCCGAUGGCUGGACUGUUCCCGUGAGCAGAAACCAUUCAAAGCCCAGUAUAUGCUGGUGGUCCACAUGAGGAGACAUACGGGGGAAAAGCCACACAAAUGCACUUUUGAAGGUUGUACAAAGGCCUACUCCAGACUAGAAAACUUGAAAACGCACUUGAGAUCUCACACUGGAGAGAAACCAUAUGUGUGCGAACACGAAGGCUGCAACAAAGCUUUCUCCAACGCGUCUGACAGGGCCAAGCACCAAAACAGGACUCAUUCCAAUGAGAAACCGUAUGUUUGCAAGAUACCAGGCUGCACAAAGCGCUACACAGACCCCAGUUCUCUCCGGAAACAUGUGAAGACCGUGCAUGGCCCGGAGGCACACGUCACCAAGAAACAACGGGGAGAUAUCCACCCGAGGCCUCCACCACCGAGAGACCCAGGCAGCCACACUCAGACCCGGUCACCAGGCCAUCAGACUCAGGGUGCAAUUGGUGAGCAGAAGGACCUCAGCAACACUACCUCAAAGCGUGAAGAAUGCCUCCAAGUGAAAGCAGUCAAGUCAGAAAAACCAAUGACAUCUCAGCCAAGCCCUGGUGGUCAGUCUACAUGCAGCAGCGAACAGUCCCCCAUCAGCAACUAUUCCAACAAUGGGAUCGAGCUUACUCUGACCGGUGGCGGUAGUGUAGGAGACCUCAGUGUCAUCGAUGAAACCCCAAUCAUGGACUCUACCAUUUCCACAGCCACCACAGCACUUGGCUUACAGGCCAGGAGGAAUAUGACAGGGACCAAAUGGAUGGAGCAAGUGAAAUUAGAAAGGUUGAAACAAGUUAAUGGAAUGCUUCCAAGACUGAACCCCGUUCCACCUUCCAAAGCCCCAACUUUGCCGCCUCUCAUGGGAAAUGGUAUCCAGCCGAACAGCAGCUGCAGUGUGGGAGGAUCCAUGACUAUUCUGCCGAACAGGAACGAACUUUCAAGUACGGACAUCACUGUGUUGAACAUGCUGAACAGGAGGGACAGCAAUACGAGCACAAUCAGUUCAGCCUAUUUGAGCAGCCGCAGAUCCUCUGGAAUCUCACCUUGCUUCUCCAGCCGGAGGUCCAGCACUGCCUCCCAGGCGGAGGGAAGACCACAGAACGUGAGUGUUGCAGACUCCUAUGACCCCAUCUCGACAGAUGCCUCCCGGCGCUCCAGUGAAGCGAGCCAGUGUGAUGACCUGCCAAGUCUUCUCAGCCUCACCCCGGCCCAGCAGUACAGGCUGAAAGCUAAAUAUGCAGCAGCUACUGGUGGACCCCCACCAACUCCACUGCCUAACAUGGAGAGGAUGAGCCUCAAAACAAGGAUGGCACUCUUGGGUGAUUGCAGGGAGUCUGGAGUAUCUCCACUGCCUCCAGUGAAUGCCCCUCGAAGAUGUAGUGAUGGUGGGGCAAAUGGUUACAGCAGGAGGCAUUUUCUGUCUCAUGAUGCUCUAGGAAAUGGGAUGAGGAGAGCCAGUGAUCCAGUAAGAAUGGCCUCUGACAACCUCUCUGUCCCUAGAGUCCAGCGUUUCAACAGUCUUAAUAGCUUUAACCCGCCUGCUUUGCCUCCAUCCAUGGAAAAGCGCAGCCUUGUUCUCCAGAACUAUACCCGUUCUGAGGGUGGCAUCUGCCGUGGCUUCAGCUCCCCCUGUCCUCCGAGCAUCAGCGAGAAUGUCGCCCUGGAGGCUGCUACAAUGGAAGCGGGUGGCAGCCUGAAUGAUGAGGAUCUCCUGCCAGAUGACGUGGUUCAAUAUCUGAAUUCCCAGAACCAGAGCAUGUACGACCACUUGCUGAACAAUGUCCUAGACAGCAACAAAAUGCAUCCCAGCUCAGUGUCAGGAAACAGCAACCCGAGCAACUUUGACCAAGCCCCUCCACAGAGCAGUCAGCAGGCAGGUUCCGAGGCAAACAAGAGUGACUUGCCCAUUCAGUGGAAUGAAGUAAGCUCAGGAAGUUCUGACUUAUCUCCUUCGAAACUGAAAUGCAGUCAGCGCUCAGCGGUGCAGCAGGCUCGGGCCUUCGGACUGUAUAACAAUAUGAUGGUUCAACAGCAGAACCUGGAGAGAAGCAACGUGGCCCAGCGUAAUGGCUGUCAGAACCUGGUGGAAAACAACGGUUCCUACAGUUUACAGCAAAAUACGCUUCUUGGCGGUGGAGCCGGUAAUUCUUUCAGCGUGCAGCCCAAUAAGCCUUACAGUGAAAGCAUCGGCAGGCAACCAAUGAUGUCUGGGGCGAUGGACAAUUCCUGUGGCAUGGCAGUUCAAGGGCAGAAGCUGAGAAGCAGCAACAUGCCAGUGAGUGGAAACCAGCAAAAUUUUGGCCAUCCCAUGGCAACCAGUGAUCAAGCCACCGGUAUGACAAAUGGGAUGCAGAACAGGAAUAUGAUGGAACAGGAAUAUUUGCAAAACCAACCAGUCGGAGAUGGUGUUCCUUACCAGGGAGUCAAUCAAUCCAGUCAAAUGAUGCUAGGGCAGGUUAGUCCUACCUCACAAAGCAGCCUGUAUCAAGGGCCGCAGGGUUGUCCAUCGGUGUCUCACACCAUUGGUAGCCAGCCUUCAGGUUUGUUGGUGGCCAAAAGUUACCAGCCAUGCUCUAAUUACAGCGACAACAGACGACAAAACAUGUUGAGAAACAAUCUGGCACAACAGCAAGGACAUGUAAGUGAUGGCAACCAGAUGUACAGGGUAAACACCAUUAAGAUGGAGAUGCAAGGUCAAUCACAGCAGUUCUGCUCUAACGUGCAGAAUUACUCUGGUCAGUUAUAUGACCAAACCAUGGGCUUUAGCCACCAAGCUAUGAAAACAGGUUCUUUCUUUGGUUCGGAAGCGAACUGCCUGCUGCAGGGGACUGAGACUACAAACUCCUCCGAGCUUCUUUCCCCGGGGGCUAACCAAGUGUCGAGCACAGUUAACAGCAUUGACAGCAGCAGCCUAGAGGGUGUGCAGAUUGAUUUCGAUGCUAUCAUAGAUGAUGGGGAUCAUGUCAGCUUAAUUUCAGGAGCCCUGAGCCCAAGUAUCAUUCAGAAUCUCUCCCGCAAUUCCUCACGCCUCACCACUCCCCGAGCGUCUCUUACAUUCCCAGCUAUGCCCGUAAGCACAACCAACAUGGCUAUUGGGGACAUGAGCUCUUUGUUGACCUCACUUGCAGAAGAAAGCAAGUUUCUUGCUGUUAUGCAAUAGAC